AGAGAGGCCCGAGGCUGGGGCGCGCUGCGCACGCUGAGACCGGUGCGGGGCCGAGCGGGCCCAGGAGCUCCAGGAAACUUUCCAGCGGUAGGGAGGAGCGGACGCCCGCCCCGGCGCGGCCCCGGGCGAUGCGCGUCUCUGCUCUGCGGCGUCUGCGGCGCGGAGCCCGAUCCCGGGAGGACCGAGGCGCCGGACAGUAGUCCACUCUGCCGGCCACGCCAUGAAUGGGAUGGCCAACGUGAAUUCAGCCAGCCGCCCUCACUACCCCUCCUCCAUCCCUGUGCCCAGAGCCUCUUCCCAGACCAGGAUUCACACUCCGGGUGCAUCUCCUCAGCUGCGGCCGCACCAGGCUGGCUUGACCCUUAGCCCCCAGCGAGCGGCCUCCCCGAGGCUGGGCAAGGCUUCGGGCUCUUCCAGAAACUCCUCGCCCAAGGCCUCCCUUGGGAGAGGCUCCCCAAGGCCUGCUGGGGCAGCAAGGGAGUUGGCUGAAGGUGGUGAAGGCCUCCCCAGGUCCCCCUGGAGCAGUCCCAGAGUAACCCCAAGGGCGGCCCCCUCCACCCGGGCCGGUUCCGGAAGAGUCGGGGCUACACAAGGCAUCCAGGGAAAGAAAAAGAAGGCCCAGGAAGGGAUUCCAGUGCGCCAGACCCGUGGCAGGAGCCCACCCCGGACAAGUGCUCAUGGAGAAACUCCAAUACCAGGGGCUCCUGAAGGGCGAAAGCCUCCUAGUGGCCCAGGAAAAGAUCAAAGAGAUCUAAACUACCCAUGUUCUUCGGAGCCUGACAGUGGAGCAGCUUCAGGGGCCCUGUCUCCGGCUUACAGCCCAGCGCAGAGCCAGCGCCCCCCUCCCACCCCAGGGACCAUUAGCUUCUCCUCGGUCCAUCAGCAGAGCCAACCCAUCACAGCCACCGUGGCCCCCUUCCAGUACAGGUUGCAGACAGACCAGGAUCCUGGCUCCCACCCUCAGGGCAGCUGGGCCCUUGAUGGCUACUCCAGCCCCCCAAGCAGGAUGGAGAGCAGCCUCUCCGGUGUGGACGCGCGGAUCGUCCAUGCGCUCCUGGCGGGCAGAAUGCUGGGCAGCAGCGUCAAGAGCGCGCAGCCCGAGGUGGAGCUGAGCGGCGGUGGCGGCGACGAGGGCGCGGACGAGCCGCGGGGAGCCGGCAAGAAGGCGGCGGCGGCGGACGGCCGAGGCAUGCUGCCCAAGCGCGCCAAGGCGCCCGUCGGCGGCGGUGGCGGCAUGGCCAAGGCCAGCGCGGCCGAGCUGAAGGUCUUCAAGUCCGGCAGCGUGGACAGCCGUGUCCCCGGCGGGCCGCCCGCCUCCAACCUGCGCAAACAGAAGUCGCUCACGAACCUCUCCUUCCUCACGGACUCCGAGAAAAAGCUGCAGCUCUAUGAGCCCGAGUGGAGCGAUGAUAUGGCCAAGGCCCCCAAGGGUUUGGCCAAAAUGGGGUCCAAGGGCCGCGAGGCCCCGCUGAUGACCAAGACGCUGUCCAAGUCUGAGCACUCGCUCUUCCAGGCCAAGGGCAGCCCGGCGGGCGGCGCCAAGACCCCUCUGGCCCCUCUAGCGCCCAGCCUGGGAAAACCCAGCCGGAUCCCGCGCGGACCCUACGCCGAGGUCAAACCUCUCAGCAAGGCGCCGGAGGCGGCGGUGAGCGACGACGGCAAAUCGGACGACGAGCUGCUCUCCAGCAAGGCCAAGGCCCAGAAGGGCUCCGGGCCGGUGCCCCCCGCCAAGGGCCCAGAGGAACGCGCCUUCCUCAAGGUGGACCCGGAGCUCGUGGUGACCGUGCUGGGCGACCUGGAGCAGCUGCUCUUCAGCCAGAUGCUGGACCCAGAGUCCCAGAGAAAGAGGACAGUGCAGAAUGUCCUGGACCUUCGACAGAACCUGGAAGAGACCAUGUCCAGCCUGCGAGGCUCCCAGGUGACUCACAGCUCCCUGGAGAUGACCUGCUAUGACAGUGACGACGCCAACCCUCGCAGCGUGUCCAGCCUCUCCAACCGCUCGUCCCCCCUCUCUUGGCGCUAUGGCCAGUCCAGCCCGCGGCUGCAGGCCGGUGAUGCACCCUCGGUGGGCGGGAGCUGCCGUUCCGAGGGGCCGCCCGCCUGGUACAUGCACGGGGAGCGCACCCACUACUCCCACACCAUGCCCAUGCGCAGCCCCAGCAAGCUCAGCCACAUCUCCCGCCUGGAACUGGUCGAGUCCCUGGACUCGGAUGAGGUGGACCUCAAGUCCGGCUACAUGAGCGACAGUGACCUCAUGGGCAAAACCAUGACGGAAGAUGAUGACAUCACUACCGGCUGGGAUGAAAGCAGUUCUAUCAGCAGCGGGCUCAGUGAUGCCUCGGACAACCUCAGCUCGGAAGAGUUCAAUGCCAGCUCCUCACUCAACUCCCUCCCGACUACACCCACUGCUUCUCGCAGGAACUCUACAAUAGUGCUACGCACAGACUCAGAGAAGCGCUCCCUGGCAGAAAGUGGGCUGAGCUGGUUUAGUGAAUCAGAGGAGAAGGCCCCCAAAAAACUGGAGUACGACAGUGGUAGCCUGAAGAUGGAGCCUGGGACUUCAAAGUGGCGGAGGGAGCGGCCAGAGAGCUGUGAUGACUCAUCCAAGGUUGGGGAACUGAAAAAGCCCAUCAGCCUGGGGCACCCUGGUUCCCUGAAGAAGGGCAAGACCCCCCCGGUGGCUGUCACUUCCCCUAUCACUCACACAGCCCAGAGCGCCCUCAAAGUCGCAGGUAAACCUGAAGGCAAAGCAACAGACAAGGGCAAGCUUGCGGUGAAGAAUACGGGGCUACAGCGCUCCUCUUCCGAUGCUGGCCGGGAUCGUCUGAGUGAUGCUAAAAAGCCCCCCUCGGGCAUUGCUCGCCCCUCCACUUCGGGAUCCUUUGGCUACAAGAAGCCUCCUCCUGCCACAGGCACAGCCACCGUCAUGCAGACUGGUGGCUCAGCCACUCUCAGCAAGAUCCAGAAGUCCUCAGGCAUCCCUGUAAAGCCCGUAAAUGGACGCAAGACUAGCUUAGAUGUGUCCAACAGUGCAGAACCUGGAUUCCUGGCUCCUGGAGCCCGGUCCAACAUCCAGUACCGCAGCCUGCCCCGGCCAGCCAAGUCCAGUUCUAUGAGUGUGACUGGUGGGCGGGGUGGACCUCGCCCUGUGAGCAGCAGCAUUGACCCCAGUCUCCUCAGCACCAAGCAAGCAAGCCUUACACCCUCCAGACUGAAGGAGCCUUCCAAGGUUGCCAGUGGGCGGACCACACCGGCCCCUGUCAAUCAGACAGACAGGGAAAAGGAAAAGGCCAAAGCCAAGGCAGUGGCCUUGGACUCAGACAACAUCUCCUUGAAGAGCAUUGGGUCCCCGGAAAGUACUCCCAAGAACCAAGCAAGCCACCCCCCAGCCACCAAGCUAGCAGAGCUGCCGCCAACCCCUCUCAGGGCUACAGCUAAGAGCUUUGUCAAGCCGCCCUCACUAGCCAAUCUAGACAAGGUCAACUCCAACAGCCUGGAUCUACCAUCGUCCAGUGACACCCACACUGCAAAGGUCCCAGAUCUGCAUGCCACAAGCUCAGCAACUGGGGGCCCUCUCCCUACUUGCUUCACCCCCAGUCCGGCACCCAUCCUCAAUAUUAACUCAGCCAGCUUCUCCCAGGGCCUGGAGCUAAUGAGCGGUUUCAGUGUCCCAAAGGAAACCCGAAUGUACCCCAAACUCUCAGGCCUGCACAGGAGCAUGGAGUCCCUACAGAUGACAAUUAGCCUGCCCAGUACCUUUCCCAGCACUUCUCCCAUCCCUACCCCACCUGCUGCUCCUGCUGUGCCCCCAGAGGAAGAAACAGAAGAGCUGAGCUGGAGCGGAAGCCCCAGGGCUGGACAGUUGGACAGUAAUCAGCGGGAUCGGAACACCCUUCCCAAGAAGGGGCUCAGGUACCAGCUUCAGUCCCAGGAGGAGACCAAGGAGAGACGGCACUCCCACACCAUCGGCGGGCUGCCCGAAUCCGACGACCAGGCAGAGCUGCCUUCCCCCCCUGCCCUCUCCGUGUCCCUGAGUGCAAAGGGCCAGCUUACCAACAUAGUGAGUCCCACUGCGGCCACCACGCCAAGAAUCACUCGCUCCAACAGCAUCCCCACCCACGAGGCGGCCUUCGAGCUGUACAGCGGCUCCCAAAUGGGGAGCACCCUGUCCCUGGCCGAGAGACCCAAGGGAAUGAUUCGGUCAGGAUCCUUCCGAGACCCCACGGACGAUGUUCAUGGCUCCGUGCUGUCCCUGGCCUCCAGUGCCUCCUCCACGUACUCCUCAGCUGAGGAGAGGAUGCAAUCUGAGUUUGUCUUUCUCUUCCUUCCACAGCAAAUCCGGAAGCUUCGUAGGGAACUGGAAUCGUCCCAGGAAAAAGUGGCCACGCUGACAUCUCAGCUUUCUGCCAAUGCUAAUCUAGUGGCUGCUUUUGAGCAGAGCCUGGUGAACAUGACAUCUCGCCUGCGACACCUGGCUGAGACUGCCGAGGAGAAGGACACUGAGCUGCUGGAUUUGCGGGAAACCAUAGACUUUCUGAAGAAAAAGAACUCGGAGGCUCAGGCAGUCAUUCAGGGAGCCCUGAAUGCCUCAGAAACCACACCCAAAGAACUCCGGAUCAAGAGACAGAACUCCUCAGAUAGCAUCUCAAGCCUCAACAGUAUCACCAGCCAUUCCAGCAUCGGCAGCAGCAAGGACACUGAUGCCAAAAAGAAGAAGAAGAAGAGUUGGGUCUAUGAGCUUCGAAGUUCCUUCAACAAAGCCUUCAGUAUAAAAAAGGGACCCAAGUCAGCUUCCUCAUACUCUGAUAUUGAAGAGAUCGCCACACCUGACUCCUCAGCCCCCUCCUCCCCUAAACUGCAGCAUGGCUCCACAGAGACUGCCUCGCCCUCUAUCAAGUCCUCCAACUCGUCCUCUGUGGGCACUGACGUCCCCGAGGCGCCUGCUCACUCCGCACCCGCCACGAGGCUCUUCCACACCAGUGCGGAGGAAGAGGAGCCCGAGAAGAAGGAAGUAUCGGAGCUGCGCUCUGAGCUGUGGGAGAAAGAGAUGAAGCUCACAGACAUCCGCCUGGAGGCCCUCAACUCUGCCCACCAACUGGACCAGCUUCGGGAGACCAUGCACAACAUGCAGCUGGAGGUGGACCUGCUGAAAGCAGAGAAUGACCGACUGAAGGUUGCCCCUGGCCCUUCCUCAGGCUCCACUCCAGGGCAGGUCCCUGGAUCCUCUGCUCUGUCAUCCCCUCGCCGCUCCCUCGGCCUUGCACUUACUCAUUCCUUCAGCCCGAGCCUCACAGACACAGACCUAUCACCCAUGGAUGGCAUCAGCACCUGUGGUCCAAAGGAGGAAGUGUCCCUUCGGGUGGUGGUACGGAUGCCCCCUCAGCACAUCAUCAAAGGGGACUUGAAGCAGCAGGAAUUUUUCCUGGGAUGUAGCAAGGUCAGUGGAAAAGUUGACUGGAAGAUGCUGGAUGAAGCUGUUUUCCAAGUGUUUGAGGACUACAUUUCCAAAAUGGACCCAGCCUCCACCCUUGGUCUAAGCACUGAGUCCAUUCAUGGCUACAGCCUCAGCCACGUGAAACGAGUGUUGGACGCUGAGCCCCCAGAGAUGCCUCCUUGUCGUCGAGGUGUCAAUAACAUAUCAGUCUCCCUCAAAGGUCUGAAAGAGAAAUGCGUGGACAGCCUGGUGUUCGAGACGCUGAUCCCCAAGCCCAUGAUGCAGCACUACAUCAGUCUCCUGCUCAAGCACCGUCGUCUUGUGCUCUCGGGGCCCAGCGGUACAGGCAAGACCUACCUGACCAAUCGACUGGCCGAAUACUUGGUGGAGCGCUCCGGCCGCGAGGUCACCGAGGGCAUUGUCAGCACCUUCAACAUGCACCAGCAGUCUUGCAAGGAUCUACAACUGUACCUCUCCAACCUGGCCAACCAGAUAGACCGGGAAACAGGGAUUGGGGAUGUGCCUUUGGUGAUUUUAUUGGAUGAUCUGAGUGAAGCAGGCUCCAUCAGUGAGCUGGUCAAUGGGGCCCUCACUUGCAAGUACCACAAAUGUCCUUAUAUUAUAGGUACCACCAAUCAGCCAGUAAAAAUGACACCCAACCAUGGCUUGCACUUGAGCUUCAGGAUGCUGACCUUCUCCAACAACGUAGAACCAGCCAAUGGCUUCUUGGUGCGAUACCUGCGGAGGAAGUUGGUAGAAUCUGACAGUGACAUCAAUGCCAACAAGGAAGAGCUGCUUCGGGUGCUGGACUGGGUGCCCAAGCUGUGGUAUCACCUGCACACCUUCCUUGAGAAGCACAGCACCUCAGACUUCCUCAUCGGCCCGUGCUUCUUUCUGUCCUGUCCGAUUGGCAUCGAGGACUUCCGGACCUGGUUCAUCGACCUGUGGAACAACUCCAUCAUUCCCUACCUACAGGAAGGAGCCAAGGAUGGGAUCAAGGUCCAUGGACAGAAAGCUGCUUGGGAGGACCCAGUGGAGUGGGUCCGGGACACUCUUCCCUGGCCAUCAGCCCAGCAGGACCAAUCGAAGCUGUACCACCUGCCCCCACCCACCGUGGGUCCUCACAGCAUGGCCUCACCUCCGGAGGAUAGGACAGUCAAGGACAGCACCCCGAGUUCUCUGGACUCAGACCCACUGAUGGCCAUGCUGCUUAAACUUCAGGAGGCUGCCAACUACAUUGAGUCUCCAGAUCGAGAGACCAUCCUGGACCCCAACCUCCAGGCAACGCUCUGAGGGUCCAAGAGUCACUGUCACCCCGGACCGCAGGAAGCUGGCAUCAGCUUCGUUAGCUCCUCCUCUCCCCUCUUCUCUCAAAGCACUGGCUCUCUAGCCCUGGGAGGAGAACAGGAGGGAGGAGGAAGACAGGAAGAGGGGCAGGUUCUUGGUGCUGCACUUUUGAGAACUUCCUCGUAGGGAUUUGGUGGGGUGGCGUUUGGGAACUUGUGUCACCUAAACACAUUUACUGGCCUCCUCUCAUGACUUUGGGGAAAAGAUGAUUCUGGGUCUUUUCCUUGUUUUCUUGUUUCAAUUACAAACUCCUGGGCUUUCUGAGGAAGGGUUCAGAAGACAUCAAAAGGCUGCAGCAGUUCCUAGCUGAUUCUCAUGAGCAACUUUGAGACAGUCCCAGGUGGGGGAGUCAGAAGGCAGGACGCUUUGCUGGCUGACUUUCUCGCAGACCCUUCCCAAGUCUGUCACCACUGCCAACAACUCUUCCCCCAGAGAUCUGGCUGGAGCCCAGAAAAAAAGCAUGUGGUUUAAAAAAUGCAUAAGUCAACCUGUAUAUGGUAACGGGCAAUGGCAAAGAUGAAGCUGGAGAGGGACCCAGUUGCCAAGGCAGAAAGAGAAUCCCCAGCUCUUGCCUUCUGGAUGAUGUAGGGGAUGUUGGCAGGACGGCUGCCAGUCUGAGAAGUCACCAAACCACAAAAGUAGCAUCACAGCCUUCAGAGGGAGACCACUAGCUGUCUUUCCACCUUCUAAUUCAACAUGCAUGAGAGCCAAUAAACCCUACUUUUUUAUUUUUUAUUUUUUAAUUUGUUCUACUUUUUCUGCCAUUUGCCUAUUUAUUUUUCUCUCCCUCUCCCCCAUUUCCUCACAUGUCCAUGAGAUACUUGAGUUGUUUCUCCAGGGGCUGGUCUGGCUUUUCCAAGUGGGCCUUCUACGGAGAAUUUGAUGCCAUCUAAUUGGUACCAGCUAGACACCUGCCGUGCCACUCUCUUUGGCAUCCUUGGGGCUUAUAUGAGACAUGAAGUACCAGCUCACCAGUAAUGGGAGAAGAGGCACUCAGUUCUCUUCACUUUCCUUUUGGAAAAACACAUGUUCUGCCUGAGAGCUCAGUUACCAAGCUCUGGCAUAAUAGAUCUGUUCUGAGCUUCAUUGUGGACUGGAGGAAAACCUGGAGAUUGGAAAUGCUCCUCUGUGUCAUAGCCCGUUUGCCAACUUACUGCACUAUUUGGACGGUAGCCACUUUGUCUGACUGAAUCAAAAUUCCCUGAAUCAGCCCUUAACUAUGUAUUUGUUUUUGAUAGGUGGAUAUUCACUUAUAAGAAACUGACCAUACACAUGAGAUACUCUAAAUCUGAAUAUAAAGUUCAAGGAGUUUGAUUUGGUGGUGAAUAUCUGCCUUCCAAAGAGAUCCUACUUCUUACAAAAGUUGCCCUUUUCCUACAACCCUGGAAGUCUGGCAGUCCAUGUUCCUUCUUUGGACAAGUACUUACUGAAAACUUGUGUACCAGUCACUAGAUGAAAAACAAAGACAAACCUUGAGCCCUGAGGUUCAUGGUCGGUAGGAAUGUUACCAUCCACUGGGUGCACACCCCCUGUGUUAUCUGGACCUUGAGGAUCAUCUAAGAAAUGGAGCUGAAACUCAAAGAGUCAGCUAAAAAGUAGCCUUUGAUUAGAUGUCCAGUACACUGGGUGCGGAAGAUCUGGGAUCAAUUAAGAUCUGGAGGACCAUGGGAUCUUGCUUGUCUAGAGUGGGCAAGUCUAUUCCUAGCAUUUCUGACAGUCCUAUGGGACCAGAUUCCAGGCCAGCUGCCCAAAAGACUGAAUUUCAGGGUACUUGUGGAUCAGGGAUAUGUGAUGAGCCUGGAGUUGAGUGUUUGCUCUUCAGAUUCCUAAGUAGCGCAAGACAUCAGAAUCUAUAGGCAUACUAACUUGGAUCACUGUUCCACCAACCUAGGAGUAGACAUAUCCAAAUCUUACAUCAGAAUAUUUUUAUUUAGGUCAACAAGAUGCUCUGCACCCCCCAGAAAAGCUCUGUAAUGUCACCAGAUGGCACCCAGGGAUGACAGGGUCCUCUGUGCUGGAUACUGUACUCGCUCUUGCUGCUAAUCCCAUGAGCUGUGAAGAUCCCCAACAACUCAGCUGUAAAAUAUGCAAUCUGUGGUGGGAAGAGGCUGUUUGUCCAUGGAUGGUGCUGAAAUCACUGCCUUAAGGUCUCUGCUAUGCAGAAUGAGGAGGCCCCAGGGCUGGGUGUUCCAACUUGAAAGGCAGGGAAGACCAGACCGGCCUACUUUGGGCUUAGACCUCUUCUAAACCCCAUCCUAAGCUCCAGACCCAUGGCAAGGCUCAGACUUUUAAUGCCACCCUAACCUGAUGGUUGAGCCCCUAACUCUGUUUUCUGGUGCUGCCCAGCCAGUGCCUUCUGACAUGGAUGUUACUGGCUACUUGAGAAAAAGGAAGAGGGAGAACCCCUCCUUCCGUUCCAACUGCCUCAAAUCACAGAAGAUUCUUGUGUUUCUGGUAACCAUGGAUACCAUCAUGAAUCUUUUUGGAUCCUCAGCAGGUUGUUUCUGGAGGCCUCUCAUGCUAUGACUUUUCAUUUCUGUUCCUGGGAUUCACCACCGUCUACUCUCGGUUCAUUGCUGCAUUUAGCCCAGGUCUCUAACUGCUUUCCUCCAGAAAGUGUGUUCCCAUCUGGUAAAGUGGUAGUGAAGCCUCAGCUUUUCCUCUGGAGCCUGAGACCCUGUUUACAGUUGCACAUCUGGGCCUCUCGUGGUGGGGACCGAUGGUCUCACAAAGGAAUCAUGGUUAUGUGGCAACUGCCGAAGGUUGAGCCUCCUCAUGGUGCUAUAACCCCUUGGGGCGUUCAUCCAGACUUCUCUGAAGCAUAAAAACCAAGCUGCCCCCUCGCUGCCCUAGAAUUAAUGGCAAGGAACAAAUCCACAGCAUUCUUUCCUGCCUACACACCUACUUCUUGGUUGAGACUUCUGGGACCCCGAAGAAGAUAAAAACCGGGUCCGCUAGCUACAAUCUCAACCCCUAAGCACCUUUGGAAGAAUCCAGCCUAAUUCUGGAAUUUGUGCUAUUCUGUUCCUCUCCAGCCCCCCGACUUCAUCCCUCAGCAAAGUUGGCUAGUACAGAACAUGGCUCGAUGCUCGCCAUCAACCUGAAGAGAGCCACAUCUCUGGGAGAGGUUCCUCUGCAGAGACCCCCUCACUUCUUGUGAAGAAAACCAAUAAGAUGUGUCCAAUGUAUUUGUUUCUCAGUCCCUGCCUAGGUACUAAAAAUAAAAUACUAGGUAAUUGGAGGCCAACAUGGGACCUGAUGUCUGUGUGUGUGUGUGUGUGUGUGUGACACAAGAGCACUUUUCUGUUGCUGUUUCCUAUCUUCUGAGGCUUCAUAGAGUAUUUUUUAAAAAUCCAUGCUUUGUGGCAACUCUACGGUGCUUAUUUCUGUCUUUGUGUAAAUCUUAAUACCAGUGUCCUUCAUCUAGUCUAACCAUUGGGAAGGUAGAGGCUCGCAGGGAAAAACUAGCUACAAGUCCAUGAUGACGCCCUAUCUAGUGAUGUUCUUAUUGGUUGGGAUACUAUAUUUUGGUCUUGAAUGACCAACCUUCUAUCCAUAUUCCUUAAGAACUUAGGACAAAGUGAUUUUUUUUUCAUUUCUUUCAUUCUGGAUUUCCUGCCUUGCAAGAGUCAUAAUGGACCAAUCUCACCACGAGCUUACCUCUAGCUCCCUGAGGCAAGAGUCACAAUAUUCAGAGGCACACCACCUUCCACUGGUCUGAGAAGUAACUAUUUCCUGUGGUAUUCCAAAAGAGUAAGAAGCGAGCAGUAGUGGCCUGCCGUUCCUCACCAACACCUCACAUUACCUGGAAUAUGGCACACAUGUACAGCAACCUGGCACAUUGGUGAACUUGGCCUGAUUGAAUGGGACCCAGUCCUGCAAACCAGGAUCAAAGAGACACUUAUAUGAGGCCUAAAGAUUCUUUCUUACAAGCUGUAUGGGAGAAGUCCUAACCACACACUGAACACAGGGUUCAGAUACUGAAGCGCCCCAGACCAUCAAAUGCAGCUCAUCACACUUUACCUUUUCUUUCCUUAAUGCUUGGCAUUAGCUAAACCGAAGUUACUAAGUAGACUGUAUAAACCAGUGCCCCCUGAUAGCAUGAAAAACUGCUUUUGCAGAGGGUUUACUAAUGGAAAUGGAUAUACUAGUGGAAUGCUAGUACACUCUUAUGAUGACCAUAAGAACUACUCACAAGUUCUGGUUCAUAGCCCCACUGAAAAGACCAAAAGUAUUAAAAUGGUUUUAGGGGCACUAUGUUCCCAUAAGGCCAAAGAAGAUACUGCCCUUUAUAAUUGAAUCAAUGUUAUAUAUUAAAUGAAUCCUCAGUAAGCCUGCUCAGGGAUAUAUGGAGCCUCCAACUUACUCUGCCCACUGCAAAAGGCGUAUGUGUGUCUGCUCCUCCUAGACCCUGAAGCAAGUACUGUGACUGUAGAUCCCAGGGAAGCUGGACUGAAGUGGAAAGUGCUAGAGCCUUGAAGUAAGAGAACCAAUUGGAAUUCGGAAGCUACAGUUGAAACUGCCCAAGACAGUUAAAAGUUAAGUUUAUUUAUACUGGCUCUAUCCAUCUUGAUGUUUGGGCCAUUUUUCUUAGUGAUUACACCAUGGAGAAUUUUCUGCGGCAAGGGUGAUCAUGAAAAGUGGUUUCUCAAUUUGACCAUUCGCUCCUAAAAGCAGUGGAGAUCAGAGGAUCAUUCCAGACCAGCAUCAUCUGUGAACUUGUUAGAAAUUAAGUUCUGAGGCCCCACCCAGAUCUAUUGAGUCAGAAACUCUAGGGCUAGGGCCCAGCAAUCCAUGUUUUUAACAACACCCCCCGCCAACACACAGUGGAUCUGAUGCAUGCUAAUGUUUGAGAUUCAACCAUUGUAAAGGCAAAGCUACUCAGAGGGGCUUCAGGAACAAAAAUAAGAAGGUCUCAGGUUAUAAAUCAUAUGCUAAUAUUACUUUUAAAGUCACUUUUCUCCUACUUAUGUUUCUGGUUUUGCUUAUUUUAAAUUAUCAAAGGAAACAAUAUGUGUACUUUGGGGCAGAAGUUAGGAGAGUACAUGCAUCUUCACUACCUGAAUGCAGUCUUCAGAGAAAAAUUUCUUAUCCCUGAAAUUUCUAUCUGGCAAACUAAGGAGCUUCAGCAGAGGGAAGCAUUUUCUCUGGACUGCUCUUCUUGUGUCUACUGAAUCUCUGAUUAUGAAAUAGGGUGGACAGUAAAAAAAAUGAAAACAUCUAAAUUAUAGUUCCGUGCUAAAAUGUUCUCCCAGUAAAAUAACCUCUCCCUUCCUUGAGGUGUAAAGUACACUGCUAGGUCUGAGAACCACCCAGAACCUUCUCCAAGGCAGCUAACAACAUUAGGGCUCCAGUCUCCCAGGAAGCCCUGGGUCCAUGCUCUGCUCAGUGCACAAGAGACAGUUCCACUCUGAAGACAUGGAAGUGGGCACCUAAGUCCUUAGGCUCACCUCUUCCUUUCCUCACAUUAGGACCUGGGUACAGAACUACUCAGCAAAGGUGACAGAAUAAAAUCCUUUAAAAAAGAAAUCUGAAAGGAGCUUCAUAUCUUUCCAAACUCACAGACCAGCUGAUGGGGCCAUGGGGAGGAGGAGGCUAUUCAAAACUGGUUUUGUUUCUCAUGGGUUGGUUUUCCCUGUGAGAGAGCUUUUGGGCAGAGCACAGAGAAACACAGUGAUACUAAUUCUCCUGAGCGGAGGCACUAAGCACUGGGAGGACUGACGCCUGAGGAGGACGAGAGUAAACAAUUGCACUAAAAUCACCCUUUCAUUCCCGGGAGACCCAUGAUGGGUCCUCUGGCAUCUCCUGCCGGGUCAUCUUGCUUCUGCGCCAUUUUUCUGAGAAGGAAGAUCAAUAAGAUAAGGAACAAGCCCACAAAUCUCAGCCAGUCUCUGGGCUACUACUGUGCAGUACCCACCAGCCAUUUCCUAAUUUAUUUUUAAGUAAUUCUUUAAUGACUUCUAGUCCCUGCUAGCAUCCUUUCCUUCCUCCUCCCCAUCCUGCUUUAGGCAGCACUGUUUAUGUGAUGGAGCCUAUUUCUCAAAUGCAUGACAUUCCUCAGGUGGAGGGUGGGCAGGAAUUUUCACAUCACUUUAAUUUAUUGGGUGCAAAACCCCAAAACAGGAUAUGUGUGUGUCUGUGUGUUUAUGUUUUGUUUUUUUUUUCCUCAUUUGACCCUCACCUCUUCUAACCUACCCCCUUUUAUAUCAAAUUGUAGAAAAAGCAAAGCUGAAUCUGGAAAGCAAACCGUUGUAUAUAGUUGCGGUAACAAUCAUGAAGAGAUCUGGGUUGUCCCCUCAGUAAUUCAUUUUAAAUAACAAAUUGGUUGAAAAUUAAAUUCAUGCCUGGGCCAGCUGAAGAGGCCCUCCUCCGUCAUCACAGAGGCCCUCUGGGCCCUCUGUCCAUCAGGCAUGUCUUCCCAGCUAGAGUCAUCUGUUCGAUGCCAUUUGCGUUUCAAUAAAGUUAUCUCCUGUAUUGUCA